AUUGUCUUCCAGUCACAGUUCACCGGUUGCUUUCCGACAAUUAACAGCCUCGGCAGUGAAAACCUCAGUGUGCGAGUGUGUUUUGUGUGUGUAGAAGGAGAAGGAUUUAUUUGUUCAAAAAGGACUUGGCAGUGUGCGCAGUGUGUUUGUGAGAACCGUCGUGUGAUCGCAAGACAGCUAACAGAAACAAAAAAACAAAACAAACAGAAGCAAAAGAAACGCAAUGAAGCAGUUCUAUGUGUUGUUCGCCGUCCUGGCCGUGGCCGUUGCCGCCCCAUCCUCCGAAGCCGACGGAAUACUAACCUCCGCCCUGAAGUUCGUGCGGGACUGUGGCGAAAAGUCGAUUGUGCUGUGCGCCAAGGAGCGUGCACUACGUCUGGCUGACGCCGCCGAAGGCGACUUCGAGAUCACCGACGGUAUCAAGUUUGUCCAGACCGAGCAGGCAGUCGGCAAGGGCCGCUCCCUGAACGACAUCUCCCUGCCCGCUGAGCCGGAGGCCCGCGAAUCCGAGAUCGAUGGACUGCUCGUUGAGCGUGCCGCCCGUUUCCUUGGCACCCACACCCUCCAGUUCCAGGUACCGAAGGAAUCUAUCGAGGACAUGCAGCGCUCGCUGGAUGAAGCUCGUGGCAAGAAGAAGAAGGUCAAGAAGCUGCUCCUCCCUCUGCUCCUCCUCCUCAAGUUGAAGGCCGCCGCUCUGCUGCCGCUCGCCCUCGGUGCCCUCGCCCUGAUCGCCUUCAAGGCCCUGAUCGUCGGAAAGAUCGCCCUCAUCCUGUCCGCCAUCAUCGCGCUCAAGAAGCUGUUCGACAAGAAGGGCGAACAGAGCUACGAGGUCGUUGCCCACCCGCACUACUCGCACUCGAGCUCGUACGACGAUCACCACGGAUACGCCCGCUCCAUGGACGCCGCCCAGAACCUGGCCUACGGCGCUCACGCUCAGUAAGCUUGCCAUAUUGUAGCGAGAAGCCAACGCGUACCCCCCGUGUACACGCACACACACACAGACCAACACACCCCGCAACAGUUUACCGUCGUACAGAGCCCGGCAGAGGGGCGAAAUGGUGGGGUUAAGGCUUUUUCCCGCGCUCUGAAUGGGAAUUGCCGCGGCGCCACCGACGCCCCGAUACCAACCACUGGGAGACAGGGUUCCGGAUUCGUCCACCCUCCCCACAGCAAAAAGCCCCCUCCCCCGUUCAGAACGCUGUCCCAGCCUAGUGCCGGUCCCCGAAUCGUAUUGGGGAUGUGGUUUUGGGUUUUGGCAUCGUCCGCAACGGACUCACACCACUAGUGGCAGGAGAUAGUUUUACAAGAGUGAGAGAGAAAGAUAAAAGAUAAACAGAGAGAGAGAGUGACAAACAGCGAGGGACACAGGAAUCGGGAUGGACUUGCCGUGGCACGCCACGGAACGGGAGUGCCCAGAGCGAGCCUAGAUUAAUUUAAUUUAUUUUGCAAAACAACCCCCCUCACACACACGCUCGCUCGUAGCCGGCCCUCCCUUCUUUCCGAGGCGUGUCCCGUUGCAGUCCCGUGCGCAAACACAAACAAUUUCUAACUCCCGCCCGCCCGCCUCUGCACACCGGCUAGCGCUCCCCUGGACGUACUAGCACGCGUGGACGAAGGACGUAUUUAAAUUAAUUUAUUAACCGCCAGGAUCAGGUCAGGUGUGCGCCCUUUGGGUUCUUUGUUCUUUGUGAACGAGAUAUUUAUUGUGAGCUCUAACAUGAUCCUUUCUUUUCAAUUUUUUUGUUUGUUUGUUUGCUCCACUUUUCACAACGUCCCCCCUCCCACAAACACACCCCCACACUCAAACCCUCCGACCCGCCAAUCUCUCUUCCAGUUGUUUUUUUCCGUCGCACGCCCGUUAGCAGCCGUCGCCGCCGCCGCCCCGACUCCGGCCAGAGUGGCUCGUGGGAUGGCGCCUGUUAGGAUGGGCAACCGGGUGUCCAUUUGUUUGAUUGGUGGUUUUUUGUGCGUGGUCCAAGUUAGCAUUGAACUUGCCCCCCUCGCCAAAGAAGUUUUCACUGCCAGGUGACCUUAACCGGCCUUGCUCGCCGUCUUGCCGUUGGGUUGCUGAUUCUUCGGGAGCUCAACCCUCCUCUACUUGAGCAUCUUCACAGCUUCCAGCUGUAGCGGCCACAGUGGCCCUCUUACCCACCGCGGCUCUAUUAGCACCUCUCACACAUACCUCUAGCACGCUCUCUGUGCAGUCUAUAUGUGUCGUCUCGCUCUCGAGACAGUUCUACACGGCGACCGAUGGGACAGCUUCGACCGAUCAUGAGAUUCGGUUCGAGAUCGCGUACACUGCAAAGUGGGUCACAGCUGGUUGUUUGUUCUUUUUUUUCGGCAAAGAUGUGCCGGGCGGUUAUAUUUCCGCUGACGCUGCGAUCUGUGCGCCCAUUUUCGGCCAAAUUGGUUUGGCAUCUCAAACCGGUUCCGCUGAGCAAUGGGCGAAAGGAGAAUGAAAAAAAUGGUGACAGAUAACGGUUUUGGCGAAUCAGAACGGCCCGUUCUCACAAACAACCAGCGCGGUACGACCCGAAUCCAGGUGGUUCGACGGCCAGCUUCCGUCCGAGCCGUGGCCAAUGGUCUGACUUUAAACACUCACAAAAGUUUAUAUUAAACUAACUAGCUUUUCACUUUCUUCACGCACGCUUCGCAUGCGUAAGCUCAGCUGACACUACUAUCCGGCGAGGAACUCCGCCUCGCCGUUCUAUCUUCUGGAAACGCUAUGAUUCCACAAUCUGUGCAUCGUCUUCUCUAGAUACUAUCGUCUGUAGCUAUUCCAACCACGAGACAAAAUGGGCUAGGGCAGUUGAGCGGAACACGAUCAGUACCAAUUAAGCUCAGAGGACCUCCAAGAUUGCAUUACCCAAGGUGCUUUUCUCAAUCCUCCCCCCAAAGAGGAACGACAAUGCUGUGCCAUGGGGAAGGCAAGGCGACACUGCGGGGCUGCGGCAGGAAAGAACGUUUUGUAAGAAUGAUCUGUUCUGUUAUUUAUUGUUUAAAUUAUUGUAUCUUUAAUGCGCCCAUUUCCGUUUGCGCUUCACGCACGUUUGGCGCGUGUUUGCGUUCGGUGGGAAAAUCAAUCCAAACAAAAAUUUGACAGGAAUGAAAUAAUAAAAUGAAUCGAAAAAAUAAAAA